AUGACACACGAAGCGGAUCCAGGCUGGCAAUUUUUGCGCCAGUCUCCAGAACAGGUACUAAAUAUUUUCAACAAGUAUAGGCCUAACCUUUCUCGAAAAUUUGCAGCUAUUGGCGGCGACCACCAAAAAGUUUGAUUCGAAGAAGAAUGUUUGGGUGGCGGAUCCGGAGGAGGGUUUCAUCUCGGCUGAAAUCAAAUCGUCGAAAGGUGACACUGUUGUUGUUGUCACAUCGAAAGGCGUUGAGAAGACCAUCAAGAAGGACGAUGCGCAACAAAUGAAUCCGCCGAAAUACGAGAAGACCGAGGAUAUGGCGAAUUUGACGUUUUUGAAUGACGCGUCCGUUUUGCACAACUUGCGACAACGUUAUUAUGCCAUGAUGAUUUAUGUGAGAUUUUUUUUUGGGUUGACAAGUUUCUAGAUCAUUGUAGAACUGAUCUGAACUUUAGGCUUGGAAAAUCUUAGCUUCUAAAUUUCAGGCUUGGAAAAUCAUAGCUUCUGAACUUUAGGCUUGGAAAAUCUUAGCUUUUGAAUUUCAGGCUCAGAAAAUCAUAGCUUCUGAAUUUCAGGCUUGGAAAAUCUUAGCUUCUGAACUUUAGGCUUGAAAAAUCUUAGCUUCUAAAUUUCAGGCUUGAAAAAUCUGUUUGUGUCUUUGCAUAUUUUCAGACAUCAGGAUUUUAGGAUAACUAUUUUGAACAAGCCUGAAGUUCAGGUUUAUCUACAAAAUUAUGAUUUUCCGGAGAACUAAAAGAGCCUUGAAGCUUUUUCAAGCCUUCAAAAAAAUCCAAAACCUUUUCAGACCUACUCGGGUCUCUUCUGCGUCGUCAUCAAUCCCUACAAACGUCUGCCAAUCUACUCCGAAUCGGUGUGUCAAAUGUAUCUCGGCAAACGACGCAACGAAAUGCCGCCGCAUUUGUUCGCCGUCUCCGACGAGGCAUAUCGCAACAUGGUCAACGAUCACGAGAAUCAGUCGAUGUUGAUUACUGGCGAGUCGGGAGCCGGUAAAACCGAGAACACCAAGAAGGUCAUCUCCUAUUUUGCCAUGGUCGGAGCAUCGCAACAGUCGAAGAAGAGCAAAGUGGACAAGGCACAAGUCUCGCUCGAAGAUCAAAUUGUGCAAACCAAUCCGGUUUUGGAGGCGUUCGGUGGGUGCUUUUUGGGGGAUUCUUUGAGCUCUGUGUAGUUCUUUCGGACAACUUUGAACUUCACAACUAGUUCUUCCGAAAGACCUGAAUUUUUGUUUUCUAGUAGUUUUCAAUCUCUAAAUUUGCAAAGAUCAAAUUCUAACAUGAGUCAUGACGUGGCAAAGUGCGAAAAUUUCAGAAAAUUGCAGGUCUGCAACCUGAAGUAACUUUUUUCACUGAACAAAAAUAAUUUUUCAAAAAUGAAAAAAAAGUUUAUUGAUGUAAUCGAGCCUCCUGAACAACGAUAUUUCAUGAAAACCAAUGUCGCAAUUUUUCAAAAUUUUCAAACUUUGCCACGUCAUAACUCAUGUUAGAAGUUAAGAUUUGCAAUUUUAGACAACGGAAUAGUGAUCAGCUGGUCGAAAACUACUAGAAACCAUAUAUUUCAUUAAAAAUCUCUUGCAACAGUUCCCUUUGUGCAUUUCUGAUCACCAAAGCUCCCGAGCUACUACAUGCACACACAAAAAAUAGUUAGUUAGAGAUAGCGCAAGAUGAAUGUGUGUAUUUACUCUUGAAACACACGGCCGAAUAAUUUUUUCGAGUGUCUUCCGCGCUCUUCUCUCAAACAUUUACACAUAAAAUUUCGAAAAAAAAGCGAGGUACAAGGGAUUCUCGAGUGCGAACAGCCAAUUUUGCAGGUAACGCCAAAACUGUGAGAAACAACAACUCGUCGCGUUUCGGUAAAUUCAUUCGAAUUCACUUUAACAAUGCUGGAAAAGUGGCGGGAGCUGAUAUUGAACAUUGUGAGUUACUUUAAUUCAGGAAUUCAAACAAAGAAGUUCUGAAUUCAGAUCUCUUGGAAAAAUCGCGUGUCAUCAAGCAGGCUCCGGGAGAACGUUCAUAUCACAUUUUCUACCAAAUCUAUUCCGAUGCCAUCAAGGGAAUGAGAGAGAAACUUCAUUUGACAAGACCAAUCAAGGAGUAUACCUUUGUUUCUCAAGCUGAAAUCACCAUUGAUGGUGUUGAUGAUAAGGAGGAAUUCAUGUUGACAAAUGAGGCUUUCGAUAUUAUGAAGUUCAGUGCGACUGAGAAAUCGGAACUUUUUGCGAUUACCGCUGGUAUUAUGCAUAUGGGAGAGUUGAAGUUUAAACAGCGACCAAGAGAAGAGCAAGCUGAGUUGGAGGAUGGAAAAGGUUUGUUGAUUUUAGAGCGGAGAGAACUCAAUCCCUUGCUUUUUCAGAAGGAGAACUCGCCUGCAAACUUUAUUGCGUUGAAGCUGAAAAAUUCAUCAGUGCCCUCUUGAAACCACGUGUCAAGGUCGGUACAGAAUGGGUUAACAAAGGUCAAAACUUGGAGCAAGUUAAUUGGGCUGUCGGAGCUCUUGCCAAGGCACUCUUUGCUCGACUCUUCGCCUGGUUGAUCAGACGGUGUAACAAGACUUUGGACGCGCAAGAUUUGUCUCGCGAUCAAUUCAUCGGUGUCCUCGAUAUUGCAGGUUUCGAGAUCUUUGAUGUGAGUUGAGCAAUGAGCAAGAAACAGGGCUUUUCUGAUCCAAAAUUGUUUUAGCUUAACUCAUUCGAACAACUUUGGAUCAAUUUUGUCAAUGAGAAACUGCAACAAUUCUUCAAUCAUCACAUGUUUGUGUUGGAGCAAGAAGAAUACAAGAGAGAAGGAAUUCAAUGGGAAUUCAUUGAUUUCGGUCUCGAUCUGCAGGCAUGUAUCGAACUUAUUGAGAAACCUUUGGGUAUUGUCUCAAUGUUGGAUGAAGAGUGUAUUGUGCCAAAAGCCACUGAUCUUACUUUGGCCUCGAAGUUGAAUGAUCAACAUCUUGGAAAACAUCCGAAUUUCCAAAAACCACGUCCACCAAAGGGAAAACAAGCCGAAGCUCAUUUGGCGAUUGUUCAUUAUGCUGGAACAGUCAGAUAUAAUGUGAAAGGAUGGUUGGAGAAAAACAAGGAUCCUCUCAAUGACACUGCUGUCACAGUAUUGAAGGCUAACAAGGGUAAUCAAUUGAUGGCUGAUAUUUGGGCUGAUUACAACACCCAAGAGGAUAUCGCAGCUCUUGCCAAGGAUGGAAAGAAGGCGGCUGGUGGAAAGAAGAAGGGAAAAUCUGCAUCAUUCAUGACUGUUUCAAUGAUGUAUCGUGAAUCGUUGAACAAAUUGAUGCAUAUGCUUCAUCAAACUCAUCCACACUUUAUUCGUUGUAUUAUUCCCAACGAGCAGAAGAAGGCUGGUAUGAUUGAGGCGAAUUUGGUGUUGAAUCAAUUGACAUGUAAUGGUGUGUUGGAAGGAAUUCGAAUUUGUAGAAAGGGAUUCCCCAACAGAAUGCCGUAUACUGAUUUUAAGCAAAGGUUGGUUGGGAAAUCUUAGCUUCCGAAUUAUAGGCUUGCGAAAUUUUAGCUUCUGAACUUCAGGCUUGAAAAUUUCAGCUUCUGAACUUUAAGCUUGGUAAUUCUUAGCUUCUGAACUUUAGGCUUGGGAAAUCUAAGCUUCUGAAUUAUAGGCUUGCGUAAUCUUAGCUUCUGAACUUCAGGCUUGAAAAAUUUCAGCUUCUGAACUUCAAGCUUGGUAAUUCUUAGCUUCUGGACUUCAAGCUUGGAAAAUCUUAGCUUCUGAACUUUAGGCUUGGAAAAUCUUAGCUUCUGAACAGGGCUGGUCGGAAUCGGAAUAUCGGAAUUCCGAAAUUCCGAAAAUCGACGUUUUUUCGGAAGUGUAGUUUAGUCGGAAGCACUUCCGAAAGAAAAACUCGGAAUUGCUUGAAUUCCGACUCUCGUUCCGACUUUUUAUUCAUUCCGACUUUUUUGUCGGAAUCACUUUCGAAAAAUUUCGGAAUAUCGGAAUAUAUGAUUUUAUAAAGAAAACUUUAUUUUGAGGCUGAAAUGAUGGUGAAAAAUUUCUUAAUAAUCGAUAAUAGACACAAAUUUGUUGUCUUUCAUAAACUAAAGAACAAGAUUCACUUUUUCGCAACUAUUUUCACUAUAAUUGUUCUGAUAACUCAUCGAAAAAUGACGUUUUCCAGUUUUUCCUGCGCAUUAGGACUUCCGAAUUUCUUUCGAAAUUCCGAAAAAAAAGUCGGAAGAAAAAAUCGGAAUUCCGAACUAUCGAAAAAUUAUUCGGAAUAAGAAGUCGGAAUGCCGAAAUUCCGAAAAUAAAAUCGGGAGUGAAAAUGGGACUUCCAAAAUUCCGAAAGGUCAAUUCCGACCAGCCCUGCUUCUGAACUUUGAGCGCAACCAUAAACUUCAAAACUUCAUCCCGCUUUCAGAUACGCAAUCCUUGCCGCCGACGCCGCCAAAGCUGGAAAAGACGACAAAGAUGCUGGAGAGAAGAUCUCAGCGGCACUCAUCAAAUCAAACUCCUUGAAACCGGAAGAAUUCCAGUGCGGUCUUACCAAAGUCUUCUUCAAGGCUGGAGUUUUGGCGCAUCUUGAAGAAUUACGUGACGAAGUUCUCGGAAAGAUCAUGAAGAAGUUCCAAUGUGCCUGUAGACAUUAUUUGGCACAAUGUGAAUACAAGAGAAGAUUGAACCAAAAGUGAGUUUUCUUUCAGCUUCUUCUUGAAAAUUAAUCAAAAAAUAAAUAUUUUUUAGGGUUGGACUUUUGGUUGUUCAAAGAAAUGUCAGAGCCUGGUGCACACUUCGUAACUGGGCCUGGUUCAAACUUUUCGGAAGAGUUAAGCCAUUGAUCAAGGGAAAUAAGAAGGAUGAAGCUUUCGAAGAAUUGGAGAAGAAGUUCAAGGCUUUGGAAGAGGAGAAGGGUUCGGAAGAACGAAAGAGAAAAGACAUGGAGGCUGAAAACGCGAGAUUGGAAGCGGAGAAACAAGCAUUGUUGAUUCAAUUGGAGCAAGAGAGAGAUUCCGGAGCUGAAGGAGAGGAGAGAAGUGCAAAAUUGCUUGCUCAAAAAGCUGAUCUUGAGAAACAAUUGGCUAAUAUGAAUGAUCAAUUGUGUGAUGAAGAGGAGAAGAAUGCGAAUUUGCAAAAGGCGAAGAAGAAGGUUGAGCAGGAUAAUGAAGGUUUGAAGACAACUGUGUCGAAUUUGGAAACAACUAUUAAGAAGCAAGAAAGUGAAAAACAGGCCAAGGAUCAUCAAAUCAGAAGUCUUCAAGAUGAAAUUCAAUCGCAAGAUGAAGUUAUCGCAAAAAUCAACAAGGAAAAGAAACAUCAAGAAGAAGUUAAUCGCAAGCUUUUGGAAGAUAUUCAAGCCGAGGAAGACAAGGUUAACCAUCUCAACAAAACCAAAGCUAAACUUGAAUCAACUUUGGAUGAUUUGGAAGACACUUUGGAACGUGAAAAACGUGGAAGACAAGAUGUUGAGAAACAAAAGAGAAAGGUUGAGGGAGAAUUGAAGAUUGCUCAAGAGAUGAUUGAGGAGUUGAACAGACACAAACAUGAGCAAGAAACUUUGUUGAAACGUAAAGAUGCUGAAUUGGCUGCUGCUCAAUCGAGAUUGGAAGAUGAGCAAUCAUUGGUUGCUAAAUUGCAAAGACAGAUCAAGGAAUUGCUUGCUAGAAUUCAAGAAUUGGAAGAGGAACUUGAAGCUGAACGAAAUUCGAGAAGCAAAGCUGAAAAGGCUAGAAAUGAAAUGCAAUCAGAACUUGAAGAGCUUGGAGAUAGAUUGGAUGAAGCUGGUGGAGCAACACAGGCUCAAAUGGAACUCAACAAGAAGCGCGAAGCUGAAUUGGCUAAACUCCGACAAGAUUUGGAAGAUUCUGCAAUCAACGCGGAGACUAGCAUGGCUGCGUUGAGAAAGAAACAUAAUGAUGCUGUCGCUGAAUUGAGUGAUCAAUUGGAUACAAUUCAAAAGAUGAGAGCUAAAUUGGAAAGAGAGAAAAAUGAUAAGCAAAGAGAGAUUGAUGAAUUGCAACAAGCUACUGAUAUGGAAGCUAAACAACGGCAGAAUUGCGAGAGAAUGGCGAAACAAUUGGAGGCUCAAUUAACUGAUAUGACAUUGAAGAGUGAUGAACAAGCUAGAUUGAUUCAAGAAUUGAAUAUGAGCAAGAAUAAGUUGCAUUCGGAGAAUCAUGAUUUGAAUAGACAACUUGAAGAUGCUGAGUCGCAACUUUCUGCACUCAACAGAAUCAAGCAACAACAACACAGUCAAAUGGAGGAGCUUAAACGAUCAUUGGAUCAGGAAUCGAGAGAAAGAUCACAACUUCAUUCGCAAGUUUCGAAUUAUCAAUUGGAAUGUGAACAACUUCGUGAGCAAUUGGAGGAGGAACAAGAUUCGAAGACUGAUCUUCAAAGACAACUCAGUAAAGCUAGCUCGGAAAUUCAACAAUGGAGAGCGAAAUAUGAGGGAGAAGGUAUGUCGAGAGCUGAGGAAUUGGAGGAGACUCGUAGAAAGUUGACACAAAAAGUGCAAGAGAUGCAAGAACAAUUGGAAAGUUCGAACCAGAAGAUUGGAUCGUUGGAGAAGGUGAAACAGAGAUUGACACAUGAAUUGGAAGACGCUCAAGUUGAUGCUGAUCGCGCUAACUCAGUUGCCAAUUCUUUGGAAAAGAAACAAAAAGGAUUCGAUAAGGUUAUUGAGGAAUGGAGAAGAAAGUGUGAGGCUUUGGUUCUUGAAGUUGAACAAAGUCAAAGAGAAACUCGCGCCGCUGCCACUGAAACCUUCAAACUUCGCAAUCAAUUGGAAGAAGCUGGAGAGGCCACAGAAGUUGUGAAACGUGAGAACAAAGCGCUCGCACAAGAACUCAAGGAUAUUGCUGACCAACUUGGAGAGGGUGGAAAGAGUGUUCAUGAUUUGCAAAAAAUGCGCAGACGUUUGGAAAUCGAGAAAGAAGAAUUGCAACAAGCAUUGGAUGAAGCUGAAUGUGCCCUUGAAGCUGAAGAAGCCAAGGUUAUGAGAGCGCAAAUUGAAGUUUCACAAAUCCGAUCGGAAAUCGAGAAGAGACUUCAAGAAAAAGAAGAGGAAUUCGAGAACACUAGAAAGAAUCAUAGUAGAACAAUUGAAAGUAUGCAAGUGUCAUUGGAGACUGAAAGUAGAGGAAGAGCUGAAUUGUUGAAGACCAAAAAGAAGUUGGAAUCGGAUAUUAAUGAAUUGGAAAUUGCUUUGGAUCAUAGCAACAAAUUGAAUGUUGAUGGACAAAAGGGAAUGAAGAAAUUGCAGGAUACUAUUAGAGAUUUGCAAUUGCAAUUGGAAGAGGAGCAAAGAAGUUUGGCUGAAUCGAGAGAUCAUGCAAGUUUGGCUGAGAGACGAUCGCAAGUUUUGCAACAGGAGAAGGAAGAUUUUGCUGUUAUUUAUGAGCAGGUAAGUGAAACUAAAUGAGAGAAUAUUGAAAAUUAUAAAUUUUCAGUCUGAACGCACCCGUCGUCAAGCGGAAUUGGAACUCGCUGAAACUAAGGACACCAUCAACGAACUUUCAAACUCCAACUCACUUCUUCUCGCCACCCGUAGAAAGGUUGAGACUGACCUUCAACAUCUCCAAUCAGAAAUCGAAGACGCGUUGAAUGAGGCCAAGACCAGUGAUGAUAAGGCAAAGAAGGCAACCAUGGAUGCAAAUAGAUUAGCCGAUGAAUUGAGAGCCGAACAAGAGCACUCGAACAACCUUGAUAAAUCCAAAAGAUCUCUCGAAACUCAGGUGAAAGAUUUACAAGCUAGAUUAGAUGAAGCUGAAGCCGCUGGAUUCAAGGGAGGAAGACGACAAUUGGCUAAACUUGAGAACCGUGUUCAUGAGUUGGAGACUGAGUUGGAGGGAGAGGGACGAAGACAUGCGGAGACACAGAAGAUUUUGAGGAAUAAGGAUCGGAAGGCGAGAGAAUUGCAAUUCCAAGUUGAUGAGGACAAGAAAUCGACAGAACGAAUGUAUGAUUUGAUUGAGAAAUUGCAACAGAAGAUCAAGGUUUAUAAACGACAGAUUGAAGAUGCGGUAAGUUCUUAAUUUUUCUGACGUGAGAAAAUAUGCUUUUUUUGUGAACUGCAUUCUCAUUUUCAAAAAAAAAGUUCGCAGUCUGCAGGAUUCGAACCUACGCGGGCAAAGCCCAAUUGAUUUCUAGUCAAUCUCCUUAACCACUCGGACAAGACUGCACACAAAAACUCGCCCACUAAAUUUCGAUGAUAAAAACCCCAAACUCACAAUUUGCUAACUCAAUUUCAAUAUUUUCAGGAAGGUCUCGCCUCGGCCAAUCUCUCCAAAUAUCGUCAACUUCAACACGUUGUGGAGGAUGCACAAGAGCGCGCAGAUGCCGCCGAGAACGCUCUCCAAAAAAUGCGUCUGAAAGGUCGCAGCUCGUCGGGAGUCUUCGGACCACGUGGUUUGGCUCACUCAAUGUCAACGACCGGUUUGGGACUCUCCUCAUCGGUAAGACGUUCACGUGGCGCGUUCUUGGAUGACGAUUUUGCCGAGGAAUAA